AUGAAAGCACUUAUAUUUUUGUUCUCUUUUGUCUUUUUUUCUAUAAAUUGUCACUGUGAAACAAAUGAAGAUUAUGAACAACUUAUUCAAAAGUUGGGAAAACUGGAGGAACUAGUUGUAGAAGGGUAUAACCUAUUUCACAAAAAAAAAUUUGCCUUAACAGACAUUAAUAAGGAUGGUAAUACCAGUACUACUGAUGCAAAUAAUAAAGAUGAUAGUAAGGUUUCCUCCGUAACAGCAAAAAUAGGAAAUUUUGUUAGCAAAGUUCUAAACCUGAAUUUGCCAGGUUAUGUUCAGUUAACUUUUUCAAUUAGGGAAUUAAUUACAAAGUACAGUGGUUUGAAAUAUCUAAUUGAAGGAUAUGAAGAAUUCAAUGAAUUAAUGUAUGGAAUUAAUUUUUACUAUGAUUUAUUAAGAGCUAAGUUGAAUGAUAUGCAUCUAAAUGGCUACUGUGAUAUACCUAAUCAUCUAAAAAUUAAUGAAAAGGAAUUAGAAAUGCUUAAAAAAGUCGUAUUUGGAUAUAGAAAACCAUUAGAAAAUAUUAAAGACGAUAUUAACAAAAUGGAGAAAUUUAUCACAACAAAUGAAGCAACAGUAAAUAAUAUAAAGGAAUUAAUUAAGAAGGAAUAUAAUAACAUCGCUGAUGAGAAUAAAAAAUUAGAGGCUCCUAGUGAAUCAGGGUCAGAUGACGAAGAUAUAAAGAAUUGUAAUGAAAAACAGAAAAUAUACAAAUCUCGAUAUAACAUUCUUUUUUACGAAAAGCAGUUGCUAGAGGCACAAAAAUUAAUAGAAGUUUUAAAGAAGCGUAUUCAAACUUUAAAAGAAAAUACCGAUAUAAAAAAAUUGCUCGACGAAAUAAAGGAAAUUGAAGGGAAACUUCCUACAAGUGGUAGUGAAGCAUCUGCCCCUGCAGCAACUCCUAGUACUAUAAAGGAACCAGAAAAUACUCAAAUAAAAGAACGUCAAGAAAAGAUUAAAGAAAUUGCGAAAAAUAUAGUAUUCAAUAUGGAUGGUCUAUUUACAGAUGCCUUCGAAUUGGAUUACUAUGUAAGAGAAAAAGAAAAAAAAACAUUCAACUCAGCAACUACUCAACUAGCUAACGGUAAAGCAGUAAACAGAACACCUCCUGCACCAGUAAUGUAUCCUCAUGGAAUAAUUUAUGCUGUAUCAGAUGAUGCUAUAAGUAACAUACUAUCUAAAAGUAGUACACAGUUAACACUUGAAGAAUUACAAAAUCCUGACAAUAGAAAACAAAUUACUAUUGACGAUCUUAAAGACGAAAACAAAAGAAAAGAAUUGAUAACUAAAAUAAAAAAUAAAAUUACAGAAGAAGAAGGGAAAUUAAAUGCAUUAAAAGGAGAUGUUGAUAGUAAAUUAGAGAAAUUUAAGAAAAUAGAAGGGGAAUUUAAACCAUUACUUGAAAAAUUUUAUGAUGAAAGACUUGAUAAUAGCAUUACAACAGAGAAUUUUGAAAAAUUUUUAAGUAAAAGAACAGAAUAUUUAACGGAAAAGAAUUUGCUUGAACGCUCUUCUUACGAAUUGUCGAAAGCAUUGGUAAAGAAAUUAAAAAAGCAACUUAUGUAUUUAGAAGACUAUUCAUUAAGAAAAGAAGUAUUUGAUGAAGAGGUAAAUCAUUUCAACUGCUUAGACUUACAAUUAAAUGCUGAUAUUCAUAAAUUAGAAAGUGAAAUUAAAAGAAAAGAAAAUUUACUUACAGUAGUUGAUACCUUAAAAUUUUCAGAUGUCGUGGAAUUACAAGUACAAAAAGUAUUAUUAGGUAAAAAAAUAGGACAACUAAAAAAUGUAGAAGCAUCUUUACAAAAAGCAAAAUUAAAAGAAACGUUUCACAUCCCCCAAGCAUACGGAACAGGAGAACAAUCCGAACCAUACUAUUUAAUUGCACUAAAGAGGGAAAUUGAUAAAUUAAAUAUUUCUAUUCCAAAAAUUGAGGAAAUGUUAAAAAAUGAGAAAAAACUGGAGGAAGAAAAAAUCAAGGCGGCAGCACAAAAUGUAAGCGGCCAUGUUUCCGGAGCAGAUGAAACACCAAACAGUCCUGGAUCAUCUGGAGCAACAGGAACAACAGGACAAGCUGGAGCAACAGGAACAACAGGACAAGCAGGACAAGCAGACAAGCUGGAGCAACAGGAACAACAGGACAAGCUGGAGCAACAGGAACAACAGGACAAGCUGGAGCAACGGGAACAACAGGACAAGCAGGAGCAACAGGAACAACAGGACAAGCUGGAGCAACAGGAACAACAGGACAAGCUGGAGCAACAGGAACAACAGGACAAGCUGGAGCAACAGGAACAACAGGACAAGCAGGAGCAACUGGAGCAACGGAACAACAGGACAAGCAGGAGCAACGGGAACAACAGGACAAGCUGGAGCAACAGGACAACUGGACAACGGGACAACAGGACAAGCUGGAGCAACGGGAACAACAGGACAAGCAGGAGCAACGGGAACAACAGGACAAGCUGGAGCAACAGGAACAACAGGACAAGCUGGAGCAACGGGAACAACAGGACAAGCAGGAGCAACAGGAACAACAGGACAAGCUGGAGCAACAGGAACAACAGGACAAGCAGGACAAGCAGGAGCAACAGAACCACAAACAGAGACAGAAGUAGAAGAAACUCAGGAAAUUGGAAUCGUUGUUCCGACAUUGUCCAAAUUAAGCUAUAUGACUUUUUGAAAACUGCUUAUGUGUGUCAUAUCAACAUUUUGGUAAAUAACUCAACCAUGAAUGAAACGUUACUACAACAAUAUAAACUGAAGAUAGAAGAAGAUAAGAAAUUAUUAGAGAAGUGCGACCAAUUAGAUUUGUUAUUUAAUGUUCAGAAUAACUUACAAGUCAUGUAUUCAAUGUAUGACAGUGUGAGCAAUGUUCUACAAAAUCAGUACAAAGAAUUAAACCAAAAGGAAAUGAUUUAUAAUAUUUAUAAACUGGUGAAGAAGAAUGACAAACUUAAAAACUUCUUAAACUUAACUGCAAACAGUGCAGCUGCAUCUUCGGCAUUACCACCUCCACCAUCAGUACCACCUGCAGUACCACCAGCAUCACAACAGCCACAACCUCAAGCAGCAUUACCAGCACAACCUCAAGCAGCAUUACCAGCACAACCUCAAGCAGCAUUACCAGCACAACCUCAAGCAGCAGUACCAGCACAAUCUCAAGCAACAGUACCAGCACAAUCUCAAGCAGCAGUACCAGCAACAACUCAAUCCUCAUCGGUAUCAGCACCAACAGGUACAAAUGGUGCAUCCCCAGCAACUCCUGUAGCUCGAGCUGGUAGUGAAAAUGCGAUUCAGUUAAAAGCGAAUGACAACGAGGACGAUGCAAAUGAACUAGAUUUCGACAUUGACGAUAUUUAUAUAAAAUACUUAGAACAAGUGAGCAAAUACGACGAGAACUUCAAAAAUUUUAUAGAGUCCAAAAAAGAUAUAAUAAAUAAGAUGAGCGAAAGUGAAUGGAAAGAAUUAGGAGAAGAAAUCAACACAUUGAAACAAGAUAUACAAUCAUCAUUUGAUAAUUUUGGAAAAUAUAAACUUAAAUUGGAAAGAUUAUUAAAAAAGAAAAAUAAAAUUACAAGCAGUACUAAUCAUAUUAAAGAAUAUAGUAUUUUAAAAGCACAAUUAUUAAGGAAAAAAAAUAUUCUAAAUAACCCAAGACAUGUACUAGCAGCUUUUGUAGUAUUCUUUAAUAAAAAGAUAGAAGCAGAAAAGAAAGAAGUUGAAAAUGCUUUAAAAAAUACUGAUAUUAUGUUGAAAUAUUAUAAGGCAAGAACCAAAUAUUAUAUUAGUGAAGCAUUCCCCUUAAAAACAAUAACUGAACAAUCACUUCAAAAAGAAAUUAACUAUUUACAUUUAGAAAAAUUUAAAGUAUAUAGUAGAUUAGAAGGACGCAUUAAGAAAAUGUUGAAUUUAGAAAAAGAAAAUAUUACCUACUUAUCUGGUGGAUUACAUCAUGUACUUACAGAAUUAAAAGAGAUCAUAAAUGAUAAAACAUACACCGGUUAUACACAUACUAAAAAUAACGAAGAAGUUAACAAAGCGUUAAAUGUUUAUGAGGAAUUGCUUCCAAAGCAAAUAUCCACAGAAGAGCAACCGGAUAAUGCAUUAGCAGAUGGAACGGAAAAUGCAACAGAAGGUGCAGAAGUGCGUGCAGCAACUGCAGAAAGUUUAGUGCAGGGAGAAGAUGAGUACCCUGAAGAAGUUGAUGAGGUGAUCGUGUUUCCCAUUGUGGGUAAGAAAGAAAAGGAAAAUCCAUUAGAUCAAAUAACAAAAGGACAAGCUGAAACUAAACAAGAUGAUAAUAUAUUGAAACCAAUUACAAAUGAGUAUGAAGUAUUAUAUAUUAAACCAUUAGCUGGAGUAUAUAGAGUUUUAAGAAAACAAAUAGGAGAUCAGAUAGACGCUUUUAAUAGUAAUUUGACAAAUGCUUUGGAUACUCGAAAAAAGAAAAGAACAUAUUUCUUAGAUGUAUUAAAUUCUGAUUUAAUUCAAUUUAAACAUGCAACUUCCGACAGUUAUAUUAUAAAAGAUCCGUAUAAACUAUUAGAUGUUGAUAAGAAAGCGAAGCUUAUAGGUAGCUAUAAAUAUAUCGUCUCUGCAAUAGAAAAGGAUAUCACUUCAGCUGAGAACGGAGUAGAAUAUUAUGAUAAGAUGACCAAGUUGUACAAGACUCAGUUAGAAGCAGUAAAAAGCGCAAUUGCUGAAGCACAAAAAGAGGGUGAUAAAAAAACUGAAAAUGAAAAAUAUAUUCCAUUCUUAACGAACAUGCAGACAUUAUAUGAAAAUUUAUUGAAUAAAAUAAAUGGAAACAUAAUAAAUUUAAAAACUUUAAUUACAAACUGUAAUUUAGAAAAAGAUGCAGUAAACAUUACUAUAAGUAAAUUAACAGAAUACAGCAAAUUUGAUGAAAAAAUAGAAAUGUUUAAAAACUCUAAAAAUGAAAAGGAUAUAGCAAGUUCUGGAAUAUUAGACAUACUUAAACAAAAAGGACUUGUUAAUAAAAAUGAAUCAACUAAGAUUAUAUCAGAAUUACUUGGUGUAGACUCUAAUGCAUUACUGAAUAUUAGCGCAAAACAUGCAUGUACCGAAACAAAAUAUCCUGAAAAUGCAGGAUGUUAUAGAUAUGAAGACGGAAAAGAAGUAUGGAGAUGCUUAUUAAAUUAUAAACUAGUUGAUGGACAAUGUGUUGAAGAUGAAGAGCCUUCUUGUCAAGUUAACAAUGGAGGAUGUGCUCCUGAAGCUAACUGUACCAAAGGAGAUGACAACAAAAUUGUCUGUGCUUGUAACGCACCCUAUUCUGAACCUAUAUUUGAAGGUGUUUUCUGUGGUUCUUCAAGUUUCCUCGGCUUAUCACUAUUAUUAGCAGCUUUAUUAAUUAUGUUUAACUUACUUUAA